AUGGGGCCUCCGCUGCUGAUUCCGGAAGACUUCGCCGCAGCGCAGCUGCCGCUGCUUGCUGAACUCCUGGGCAUGCCUGUCGCUGAUGUAUCCCCGGAGCUGCUGCAGCACAUGUGGGACUACCUCGCGGAAGGCACGCAGCAGCAGCAGACGCAGCAGCAGACGCAGCAGCAGCAGCAGCAGCAGCCGCAAAAGGCCAUUGUCGAGCCUUUGCACACGCCCGGAAGCUUCCGCGAGGCGCAGCCUUUAAUUGAGAGCUUUGUACAGGCUUUUGUGGAUUGUGCUGCUGGAGGCAGCGGCAGCAGCAGCAGCAGAAACAGCAGCAGCACUUCUGAGUCCUGCAGCGCGAGCAGCAGCAGACAGACAGGCGAGGGGAAGGAGCCCGCAGCCACUCCGCCGUAUGCUGCUGCUGCUGCUGCUUCUGCUGCUGCUUCCCCUACUGCUGCAGCACUUGUUGAAGCAGCUCAAAGUGCAAGCAAAAAGGAAAGCUCUCAGCCUGCAGAGGCAGCAGCAGACGCUGCAGCAGCUCGAAAGACAAGCCACCAAGCGGCGGCAGCAGAAGCAGAACGCGGUAGCAGCAGCAGCAGCAGCAGCAGCAGCAGCUGCCAACCCCUGCAGCCCCCACGUUUGCCAGGCGAGCCACCGGCUUGGGGACGGCAGCCGCAGCAGCAGCAGCAGCAGCAGCAGCAAGUUCAAUUCCUUUCGUACAAGGGAAGCCCUGAUAGCGUACAGAAGCAGCAGGAGCAGCAGCAGAACAACAAGCAGCAGCAGCAAGAUGAGAAAGCAGCCAACGCCACAUUUGCUGCUGCUUCCCUAGAAGAGCUAGACUGGCCGGAGGCCCCGCCGCCGCGGCGCCGCGUGCCACGGAAGCAGCAGCAGGUGCUGCAGCAGUUCGGCAUAGCUGCUGUGCCUGCUGCCAGCAGCAGCAGCAGCAGCAGCGGGGCUUCCUUGCGCAGCAAAACGGACGGGCAAAGCGGGGUUUCUGCACGCGCAGCACGGAAAGCAGCCGCAGCCGCAGCAGCAGCAGCAGCAGCAGCCACAGCAGCAGCAGCACACUGCCUUUGCCUGGGAGCUGAACACGGGGCCUACGGGAUUUGCCUCAGCUGCGGCCUGAUUCGCUGCCGCUAUGGAAUCAGCAGCAGCAGCAGCAGCAGCAACUUGGGGGCCCCUGGGGCCCCCCGCUGCCUCUUUUGUGCAAAUGAAAUUGUACCGAGUGCGGGGCUCACUUCCCUAGCUGCUGCUGUGGAAAAGGGGCUUGCUGAGAACAGGCAGCAGCUGCAGCAGCUGCAGCAGCAACAGCAGCAGCUGCAGCUGGAGCAACAGCUGCAGCAGCCCUUGGAGAGUUUUCAAGAGGAGAUCGCAAAACUGCAGGAACAGAUCAGAGCCGAUGAGGCCCACCUCAAGGCACUGCGGCUGCACCGGCGCCUGGUGGUCUGCGACGCCCAGGCGCAGCAGCAAACCAAAAUCCUGGACAUGAACAGCUGCUGGUUCGACGCCAACGAGGGUUUUGCUGAUGCUCCAGCAGCAAACAUUUGGCUGACGCCGCAGCAGCAGCAGGAGCGGCAGCUGCUGCUGCAGCGCCUCAACCAGGCCUUCAACCUAGAGAAGGGGCGAACGAAGGUGACUUUCGACUUCGAGGGACGGCGCGUAGUUGCUGAAGAGUCGACGCUGCCGCAAGAGGCGGAGGCGCUGCUGCGGGCCUUUGACGAGCGCUGCGCAGAGCAGAACAUGCAGGAGCAGCAGCAGCAGCAGCAGCAGCAGCAGCAGCAGCAGGUGGACUCCGACGAGGACGAGCUGUGGGGUGGUAAAGGCCCUGCUGCUGCGGCUUCACAAGGGGCCCCCGGGAUGUCCCACACGGCGCUCAUGAAGCAGCACAAGCAGCAGCAGCAGUGGCCAGAGCCCCAGGCGAAGCUGCAGCAGCAGCAGCAGCAGAAUUCCCCCUCUACAGCGUGGCCCUCCCUAGAGGCGGACGCGUCCCAGCAGCAGCAGCAGCAGCAGGAGCAGCAGGAAGAGCCCCCGCCCUUCUGCCGCAAGACGCCCACAGAGCAGCUGCAGGAGGCCUGGGAUGAUAUGGUGAAGCGGGAAGCAGCAGCAGCAGCAGCAGAAGCAGCAGCAGGACAUACAUAUGGCAUUGCUGAUGCUUCUCUUUCGGGCUUCGCAAGUGUUUUGCUGAAGGACGUGCAUGCUGCUGCCAGUCCACAAAGUGCAGCAGCAGAGCAGGCAGCAGCAGAAGCAGCAGCAGCAGCAGCAGCAAGCAGCAAGCCAGGAGCAACAGUCAAGGCGGUGGCAGCAGUCACAGCAAAGGAGGCAGCAGCAACUGCAGCAGCAGCAGCAGCUGAUAGAGCCAAAAAAGCAGAGCCUCAAGACAAAAGAAGUGCAGCAGAAACAGUGACAGAAGCAGCAGCAGUCGAUGCAGCCGAUGCGGGUUCCGGGCAGCAGCAGACUUUGCUGCAGCAGCUGAAGGAGCAGCAGCAGGCGCAGCCAGCAGCAGCAGCAGCAAGACGUGUGCUGUGGGGCCUGGACCAUCUGCAGAAGCAGCAGCAGGGGGCCCCCCAAGAGGCCCCCCAGGACAGGACCUACCGCGUGCAGGUGCCCCGCAGCGAGGGCGCUGCAUUUGGCUGCGUUGCUGCUGCUGCUGCUGCUGCUGCUGCUGCUGCUGCUGCUGCUGAGGAUGAGGCGGAGGAGCCGGAGGCCUGCUUU